AUGAACCCAGAACACUAUUGCGGUUCUGGCUACAGGAGCUGGAAAGACAUCAGUAGCUGUGCUCUUACUCAAGUACACUAUCGAAAAGAACUCAACAACCGCACGAAUGGAGAGCUACACAUGAUAUCCAUUUUCCUGGUUGAUAGCGUCACCCUUUCCUACAAACAAGCAGGAGUCCUGCGGAAUAAUCUUGAUAUGAAUGUUGGUCGCAUAUUUGGAGCUCUUGGUUUUGACCUCUGGAGUCGCCAGACUUGGACUGAGUUUCUCGAGAAAUAUAUGGUUGUUGUUUGUACGGCGGAGGUUUUGUACCAAUGCCUGCUGCAUGCCCAUAUCAGAAUGGAACAAAUCAACCUCCUGGUAUUCGAUGAAGCCCAUCACACGAAGAAAGAUCAUGUCUGUGCGAGGAUCAUUAGGGACUCUUAUUUCCCAACAGCACAAUCGAAGCGGCCAAGGGUUCUCGGCAUGACAGCUUCCCCAGUAGACACCAAGGGCGAUGUUGCGCAGGCUGCUAUGAAUCUGGAAUUAUACCUGGAUAGCAAAAUUGCCACAGCAUCCCAACUGUCCCUAGUACACCAAGUUGUCAGACGGCCCAAGGAGGAGGCCUGGAUUUAUGACAGACUCGAACAAUCUUUUGGGACUGAGAUAUACAGGCUUAUGGAAGGUCGAUUAGGUGACAUUGAGGACCUGAAACUUGUCUUCAGGUUUGCAUGGCAGGCAAGCUUCGAGCUCGGUAGAUGGUGCUCAGAUGGCGUUUUGAAAUACGUAUUCUCGGCCAAAAUGCUACCGAAACUCGAGGGAAAAUCAAAAGAACUGUCGCAACUGCGUGACGCUAGUGAGGUUGCUAGCAGUUAUAUACUCGGCAGUCCAGAAGAGCCCGGGCAGUCAAGCCAUAAAGUCCAGGUGCUGCGCAGAAGACUCACCGAGCAUUACCGAGAAACCCCAGAGACGAGAAGUUUAGUCUUUACCACCAGGCGUUACACUACCUUGAUGUUAUUGGAGCUCUUCAAUGCUUUAGAAAUGCCUCACCUACGACCUGGACUGCUGAUCGGUGUGCAAGCUAAUGACUUCGCCGGGCCUGAAAUAUCUUGCCGGGAGCAGUUUCUAGCCAUAGACAGGUUUAGGAGCGGGGAGAUUAACUGCUUGAUAAGACCUUUUUGCGACUUCAGUGGGCGAAGAAGGUCUAGAUAUCCCUUGCUUGUAAUUUGGUUAUACGGUUCGAUCUGUCCAUUACCAUAA